UGUUAUUGUUUGUAGGAUUUUGUGUAUCCUUCCAAUGUUGCUUAUCCCAUUGGAGGUGACCAGUAUCAAUACGCAUACAUUGAGAUGCACUAUGAUAAUCCAAACAGACUAUCAGGGGUGAUUGAUAGUUCUGGUGUGACAUUCUAUUACAUUGAUACACCAAGGGAGCAUGAUUCUGGUAUACUUAUAGUUGGACAAGCAGUCCACCACACCAUGAUAAUACCUCCUAAAGCAAGGGAUUACACUAUUUAUAGCUUCUGUCCAACUGAUUGCACUGCAUUAUUUCCUCAAGAUGGGAUCCGCGUGUUUGCUAAUUUGCUUCACACUCAUUUGCUUGGUGUAAGCCUUACUGUACAUCAUCUGAGAGCUACUGAUCAGUGUAGAUCAGGCAGUGGCAUUGAAGAGCUUAAACCUAUUGAUAGCAACCCAUUAUAUGAUUUCAACUUCCAAGAGGGAGUGCAUAUUAAUGAAGUUGUCAUUAGACCAGGUGAUACAAUUAUGCUGACCUGCACAUACAAUAGUGAAAAUCGAAACACAGUAACAUUGGGAGGGGAGAGCACUCAUGAGGAAAUGUGUCUAUCAUUUCUAAACUAUUAUCCAAGGAUAGGAAUGACUGACUGUUAUAGUUUGCCAUCAUCACAAAGUUUUACACAAUUCUUAUCAAGACACUACAAUCAAAGUAAAAUUGAUUCAUUUAAUGGUAACCCAUCAAGGUCUAAUAUCAAUAAGAUAUUUAAUAAUAUCACUUGGACACACGAGGAAACUGAAGUCUUAGAGAACUCACUCUCAACUGGCUCUCAAUAUUCUUUUUGCUAUGGACCUUCAGUAGCAUAUACAGAUACAAGACAAGAUGUGCCAUCCAUUGGUUGUCCUUAUGAAGCACCUCCUGUAAUGCUGGAGUGUCCUGACUCUGUUGGUCCUACCACUAAUCCUACCACUGAUCCUACCACUGAUCCUACCAGUGGUGCUGUGUCAUUGAUUACUCUCUCAGUCACAGUGCUGCUCUUUGCUAUGAUUGCAAUGAUCCUCAUUUAAUUAACUCUUUCUCCUACUCCAUUUUUUGCUGCUUUAUGUCUUAGAUCAUCCAACAGGGCUUCGACUUUUUUCACCCUUUUCAUUAAUAAUGAAUUUUGUGCCCCCUUUUCAUUUAUUGAUGCUUUUCAUUCA